AUGACUGGGAAAGAGAUAGGAAAUGUGCGGAGGCUGCACUGGGUACGAGAAACAGGGGGCAAUAGGUCUGGUAUAUUUCAUGACGAACAUGACGUAGCCUGCAAGUGGAUAAGCCCUGUGCGCGGAAAUGAGGCGUGGCCGCGUGGCCCUCUCCCAGUACUGGCGCGGGCGCACACUCGAUUACGUCAAUCCAUCCAAGCCAGUUCGACAAGCAGCAGUCUUCCAUCAACCGAAAACCACUCAAACAUCAUGGAUAUCGAUCUAGAGCCCAUCGACUUCGUAUCUCAACUACGCAAUCAAGCACCAGAGGAUCUGAAGCCUGGCCUGGAAACCUUCUCGGAUCUGUAUCAACGAAAGCUAUGGUACCAGCUUACGAUUGCCGUCCAGGAAUUUUUAAAUCUGCCGAGCUCAUUUCCAUUCCAAAUUUCCCUAUACAACAAUUUUAUCACCGAUUUCGAAAACAAGAUCAAUUCGUUGAAACUGGUGGAGAUUGCCGUAGUGAUUUCUCAGAGAUUUGCAGAUGCAAAUGAUGCGUUAGAAUUCUUGUCCAAGUUGGCGGACAAGUUGAAGCCGGUUGAGAAGAAAGAUGAGGAGCCUACUGGAGCAAGCAAAGCCACAGGAGCCAGUACUAAGGCCGUUCUGCAAACAAACCCCGAGGCGUAUGUUUUGGCGCGGAUGUCGGCUGCUCACUUUUGUCUGUUGCUGGGCAAGACAAAAGAGACUGAGAGUGCUAUGGACGAAUGUCGAGCGAUAAUCGAUAAACUCGAUAGUGUGGAUACUUCCGUUCGUGCGGGAUUUUAUCGGGUCUCGGCUGAUUACUUCAAGUGGGAAGCAGCUUAUGCGUCAUAUUACAAGACUUCUUUACUCUACCUGGCUUGUCUACCCAAUGUGAAUGUCGAUUUGGAUGUCGAAUCUCGUAUUCAACGCGCCCAUGACCUGGGACUUGCUGCACUUCUUGGUGACACGAUAUACAACUUCGGAGAGCUAUUGCAACAUCAAAUUCUAGAAAGUCUUACGGGUACCCCGUUCGAGUGGAUUCGAUCGCUGUUGUUUGCGUUCAAUGAAGGCAACUUGGGCGUUUUUGAAAGCCUGACUCCCCGGUUCCCCGAAGAACCAAUCCUGCAGAACUCUUAUCCCUUUUUGAGGCAGAAGAUCUGCUUGAUGGCUCUGAUCGAUGCAGUCUUCCGGAGAAGUGUUACCGAUAGAAUUAUGCCAUUUGGGGUGAUCGCUUCGGAAACCAAGCUGCCAAUCAAUGAAGUUGAACACUUAGUCAUGAAAGCCUUGAGUUUGGGUUUAAUUAAAGGCUCGUUAGAUCAAAUUUCUGGCACGGCCAGUAUUACUUGGGUCCAACCUCGCGUACUAAAUAAGCAACAGAUCGAGGCCUUGAAGAAGAAGCUGGAUGACUGGACUAAUCGUGUCAUGAAGGUUGGGCAAUUUGCGCACUCCAAUGGAGGGAGCGAGAUCCUUGUUCAAUAAUUACUCUUUAGCCUCUUGGUCGUUAGUCAUCGCUCAAUCAAAAAAAUUGCAAUUUUUCCGUGUAAACGAGCCUUUCAUCGGCCAAUACUAGCUUCCCAUCCGUACCGCAAUAAGUCAAAAAGAAAAGCUGCUUGUAAGAGUUUUCGGUGGAUGACGUUUCAAAACAGUUCUUUACUUUUGGUGGUAGAACAAA